AUGGCUGAUGAAAGACUAUUUUUAGAAUUCAUCCAACACAAAUUAAAGACUGUAAUCCCUAGUAUUAAUCUACCUAGUGCUAUCGCAAGUAAACUGAAACAUAGAGAUACAGCAUUUUUCAAAUUCUUCUUACACAACAAGAGUCAGCAACCAAAUUAUCAAAUAGAAUUUAAUAUACUAAUGAGCAUUGCCAUUGAAAAGUACAAGCAUCAACACAAUGCCUACCUAGUUAAUAAAAAUAACCGAAACCAGAUAUAUGACAAACUAAGGAAAAAAAUCACUAUAGAUAGCUUAGUAAUAUUAAAUAUAGAUCUUUAUAGUAAUCAUAUUAGUGCCCAAUAUAUAUACUACCUAAUGAAUUUUAGUAGAAUUGAAAUUCCAAUCCAAUUCAAACAGGCUAGAAGACUUAUUGGUCUGGCUCAAACGAAUAUAAGAGAUGAGAUACCACCAAACCCAAAUCAAAUCCCAGUAGAUAUUAUAAAGAUAAUACUAUUUACUCUACCACUACAAGAUAAUAGCAAAAAAGCAACAAUUGUUAAGGCUUUAAGGCUUCUAUACAAAUUCUCACACUCUCUGACUCUUACUUCAUGA